AUGUGGGAUGAUCGUCUCAAUGAAACUUUUUCGGCGUGGAACGACACUCAGGAAGCUGAGUCGCGUUGGUAUGACGUUGGAGCACAGCCUGUGUGGGUAGCAAACCAAAUUCAGAAGAAGGGGCUUACUGGGUGCAUGAUGUGGGUAGGGUGUCAGGCUCCUAUACAAGGCGUCCUACCCACGUAUCACAUUCCAUACAAUGGGAAAGUCACAAAUGAAAGUCGGAUAGACACAGUCGUUGAAUGGUUAGCUGGAGAACACGCUCGCGAAGUAAAUUUAGCUCUUUUGUAUUUUGAGCAACCUGAUGCUUUUGGUCAUAAAUAUGGCCCCGAUUCUCCACAAGUGACUGAAAUGAUUAAGGGUCUGGAUAAAGUGGUAGGAUACUUGCUUGAACAACUACAGAAGAAGGAUCUCUUAAAAUCAACUAACAUCAUCAUCACCAGUGAUCAUGGCUUUGCUGCUACACCUAAAGACCUGGUUAUCAACCUUGAUAACUAUGCUGAUCCCCAAAGCUACAGAGUUAUUCAGUUGACGCCUGUGGCCACAAUCCUGCCUAAUGAAGGCAUGGGAGAGAUCAUCUAUCGGAACUUAUCAAAGGGAGCAGUGGAAAAUGGAAAUUUUCAAGUGUACAGGAAAGAUGAAAUGCCAGCAGACUAUCAUUACUCACAUCACUGGCGGAUACAACCUAUCAUUGUUGUUGCCCAUGAAAAUUAUUCAUUUAUCUACAACCACAGCACAGCUCCACCACCGAGUGGAAAUCAUGGCUACAACAACAGUCUUCAAAAUAUGCAUCCUUUUUUCUGGCCAUGGGCCCAGACUUCAGAAAAGGAACAAGUGUUGACACCUUCGAGAGUGUUGAUAUUUAUCCACUUAUGUGCCAUUUACUUGGCCUGA